AUGGCAACUUGCGUUGCACGUGGUGCUACGAGUGGCGGUGGCAGCGAGGCAGAAGGAGAGAAGUGGAGACGGGCAAGGGCGGAUGGGACGCUUUGUGAUGGGGAGGAGGCGAAGGAGUGCAGUGCGGUGAUGGGUGGUGAGGUGUGUGGGCGGGAGGAGAGUGGGUGGGAAGGAGGGGGGAAACGUGUGGAGGAGGGGAAGAACGGGGAGGAUAGGGAGGAGGGGGAGGAGCCAGCGGGGGGGGAUGAAAUGAGAGAGUGUGUGGAGGAGGGGGGGGAGGGGAAGGAAGAAGAGGAGGAUGAUGGUGAGGAAUGGGCAGUGAUGCAUGGGAAUGACGAGGGGGAGUGUGAGUAUGAGGAGGAGGAGGAGGAGGAGGAGGAGGAGGAGGAGGAGGAGGAGGAGGAGGAGGAGGAGGAGGAGGAAGAGGAGGAAGAAGAAGAGAAAGAGGAGGAGGAAGAGGAGGGAGAAGAAGAGAAAGAGGAGGAGGAAGAGGAAGAGGAGGAGGAGGAGGAGGAGGAGGAGGAGGGAGGGAGAAGGGAGGACAACCGGGAGAAGGAGGCAGGUGCGAGGGGAGAACAGGGAGGAGGCAGGGCUGUGGGGCGGAGAGGGGGGCACGAGGCCGAGAUUUCACACCAGGGUGGCAGCAGCAGAGGCAGAGCGCAUGGGGCCAGGGCUGCGUUGGGGGAAGAGCGAGAUGGGCAUGGGCGUGCUGAUGUGCGUGCUGGUGGUGAUACUCAUGGCGUCACGAACCGAUGCCUUAGCAUAGGCAUGGAGGGCAGGGAGGGCGGGGAGGGCAGGGAAAGGAGGGAGAGGAGGGAGGGUAGGGAGGGCAGAGAGGGCAGGGAGGGAAGGGAGGCAAGGGAGGGCACUGAGGACAGGGAGGGCGAAAUGGACAUGGGGGGCAUGGAGGUGGAUGUGGGGGAGCUGCUGCUGUGGCUGCAUGCCAAUGGCGCCACUCCUGACCCACACACAUGGCCCUUCAAGGUGGUGGUGUGUCCGCUGCUGCAUCUGCCUCCUGGAUCCAGACAUGCAGGUCCCAGAGGCAGGCCUGACCUGGGUCUCGUGGCAUCUCGCCGCAUAGCACCAGGAGAGCUGCUCAUCUCAUCCAGUUUUCCCCCAUUUCUCUUUCUCGCCUCUUUCUCACCACGCCUGUGCUCAUUGCCUGCCAGGCCUGACCUGGGUCUCGUGGCAUCGCGCCACAUAGCGCCAGGAGAGCUGCUCUUCUGCAUGCCGCCCAAUCUGCAGAUCACUCCCGAUCGCAUCGCCCCCGCCUACUCGCUCCCUCACACCCACCCUUGCCCCUGCUCCUCUUGCUCCCCCUCACCCUUUCCUCCUACGCCCACUUCUGCCUCUAAUCCUGGAGGGAGUAACCCAGGGAGUGAGGGGAAGGGAGAUGAGAAGGGAGAGGAGAAGGGAGAGGGGAAGGGAGAGAGGAAGGAGGAGGAGCGGUGGGAGGAGGGACUUGGAGGCCUGAACAGACACUUAGAGCCUGGGAACCCUUUAUUCACUGACCGUGGCAGUGGUGGCAGUAGCAGUGGUGGCAGUGGAUGCAGCAGAGGGCAGGGGAGGGGCGUGGAGAGCACUAGAGAUGGUGGCGCUGCUGCUGUGUGCGUCUCGAGCACGGGCAUGGCAGCAUGGCUGCUGCGAGAGGUGUCCAAGGGCCACGCCUCCCCAUGGGCGCCGUACCUCGCCACGCUGCCCCCCCACGUGCCGCUGCCGUCCCUCUUCCCGCUCUCCACCAUCCAGCAGCUGCAGUGGCGCCCCACUGAAGCCAUGGGAUGGUUCGAGGUAGGGAGUGGUGGAGGGGAGGGAGGAGGGGAGAGCAGGGGGGGAGCAGGGGAGGAUAUGAAAGGGGAAGGAAAGGAGGGGAUGGAAAAAUGCGGCGUGAGGGAAACGGACAAAUGCGCACUGUCCCCUGCCCGCAUCAAGGUGACUUUUGAGUCGACUCAAAAGUCACCUCUUCUUCACACCAAGCGCACUGUCCCCUGCCCGCAUCAUCCCCCACAACUUCAUCAUUUCGGUGGCCGGCCCCUCCUCCUUCCCUCACACAUUUCUCAUGCUGCACUGCCAACCUCCAACCCAACCAGCCACCCCGAUGCUGCACCCCACCGCACCCCCCACCCACAGGCAGUGGCAUACCGGCACGCGUACGAGCAGGAGUACCGGCGGUGCGCUCCUGACUUCAUCGCCCAUGCACCCCUCUCCGCCUUCCUCUGGGCCAUGACCGUCAUCUCCUCUCGCACCUUCUCCUCCCCUUCCCCUCCCUCCUCGCCCUCCUCCGCCUCCGCUGACCCCUCCUCUUCCUCCUUGCCACCUUCAGCCGCAGCAGCAGCAGCAGCGCCAGCGCCAGCAGCAGCAGCAGCAGCGUCAGCAGCGCCAGCAGCAGCGCCAGCAGCAGCAGCAGAGGCGUGUGAGGAGAACAGCUGGGGGGCGCUGCUGCCCCUGGCGGAUCUGAUGAACCACAGCGAGCACUACAACGGCACCUGGACUGUUAGUCAGUGGCCAGGUCAUUGCUGCGCUGCGUGGGCCGUCAACCAAGCGCUGCCGCUUUCCCCCAACACCACAAUGCAAAUCCGCCCCCCGCCCCUCCUUCCCAUCCUCCCCAUCCUCACCUCCUUCCCUAUCUUCCCCAUCCUCUCCUCCUUCCCCAUCCUCCCCAUCCUCACCUCCUUCCCAUCCUCCCCAUCCUCUCCUCCUUCCCCAUCCUCCCCAUCCUCACCUCCUUCCCUAUCCUCCCCACGCUCCUCAUCCCUCCCUAUGCUCUCUAUUCUUCUCAAUCCGCCCAUUCUUGACUGCCAUCCCUCGUUCAGAGCUCCUCAUAUCGUUUGCCACUCUCGUUGUCCCUUCAUUCUUUCCCCAUUCUUCCACUCUCCUCAUCCCCACUGCCCCUCACUCUCUACCUUCCGCGGCCCUUGUCGCCACACCUCUCCUCGCAUCCCCCUCUCCUUGCAACUUCCCUCCUCCACCAUCCUCUCUCCCCAAGCUCUUCGCCACUAUCUGUUCCACGCCAUUGCUCCCAUCGCCCCCAGUGCUGACCUCCUCACACACUACGGCUUCUUCGCGGAGCAUUAUUUCCCCGGGGAUUUUGGGGAGGAGGAUGGGGAGGUGGCGAGGGGGGUGGUGGGGGAGGUGGAGGAGAGUGUGAAGAGUGUGGGGAGGGUGGUGAGGGUGCUGAUUGGGACUGUGGAGGAUGGAGGUGGGGAGGGGGUGGGGGAGAGUGGGGAUGAGUGUGAGGGGAAGGGUGAGGGGGAGCGGGAGGGGAAGAUUGAUGGGGAGAUUGAGGGGGGAAUUGAAGGGGAGAGGGAGAAGGAGACUACUAGACGAAUUGAUGGGGGAAACGGUGGGUGUAGCGGUGGAGAGAGAAGGGAGAGGGUGACCAUUUGUGAGGGGGGCGUGGAUGGAGAAGAGGAGGAGUUGGUGCAGAUUGGUUGUGAUGGGGAGAGUGUGAUGGAGGGUGGUGGGAGUAGUGGUGGAGAGAAGGUGGAAAACAGAGAGUACAGCUUUGAGGCGGAGAGGGGGUAUGCGGUGUGGCCGCAUGGGCAUGUGGACCCUCGCAUCAUGGCCUCCUUUGCUGCUCUCUGGCACCUCUUUGUCUAUGGCCGCGAGCCCCGGCACCAUCCCAUAGCCUGUGCCAGCGUUCUCUACUGCUGGGGCAUCUCCCACCCGGCAUUGCACCCCCUGCGCCCCCGCCUCUCUCCCCGCCUGCUUGCAUGCCUGAAAGCUGCUCUGGAUGGCAUACACGCGCGUUGUUGUGCUGUUAUUGAAGGGUUUGGAAACCGGUUGGAGGAGGAUGAGGAGGAAUUGGCAGGCUUGUUGGAGAGAGAGAGGAGGGGGUUGACGAAGAGGGUGGGGAAGAGGAAGAAUGUGAGGAGGGUUGUGGAGGGAGGAGGAAGGGAGGGUCCCGGAGAAGGGGAGGACGGUCGGAGGGAGGAAAUUUGA